CACUCUCACUCACUCACUCACUCUCACUCACACACACAGGGUAACUAUGGAUUGUGUGCAGUUUUUUAAUACUGUACAAUAACUACAAAUGGGUGUGUUGGCACAUGAUUCCAAGGACGGAAAGCGCGCGGAUCUGUGCAGGAAGAGCAGAAGUAGUUUAAACGCGCGAGCUCUUUUAAAACACGCGCAUUCCUCAAGUGGUGUGUCCAGGAAACUUAUCAAUGGACUCUUCCAAAGAGAUGAUCCUCAUGUGGUGUCCUGUGUCCAUUAACCGGAAUAACCGGCUUUAUUAAGAGUGCAAUAACCUGUGAGGCCUUUUGUGUACAACGGCGAAUGAUCAGAUGGGGGACCAAAACCUUACUGCCAUGGUUUCAGAGGAUGAAUUGGAGAAGACCAAGGAAGACGGGACACUCACAUUCUCUCAGUUCUCCUCAACUGUACGGGCUGUGGUGCGAAUUCGCCAGAAGUACCAAGCAAUGAAAAGGCGCCAAAUGGAGCGGGCAGCAUCAGCAUCCCUGCACAGCGCACAUAUAAUGUCUCAGUGCAGUGAUCCUCGCUCCAACAGCCCCAAGAUCUUCACGUUCGAUUUAGUGGAUGGUAACAGUCCUGUCCAUGUAAGCAAGAAAAGGAGAAAGAAAAAGGGACGUGUCCUAUUCCCCAAUAGCAGUCGCCGAGUCUUGCCCACCAAGGAGCAGAGCCGGGCAAAGAGCUGCCUGGUCUUGCUGUGCGUUGUGGUUUUCUUGCAGGUUUACAACGCCAUUGAAAACCUAGAUGACCAUGUGCUUAAAUACGAUCUGGAAGGACUCGAGAAAACCCUUAAAAGAGAGGUUUUUGGACAGCAGGAUGCAACUGAUGGCCUCUUAAGCCAUUUAAAAGAUUACUUGUCAACGUAUGUUCACAGUAAACCUUUAGUUGUGUCUCUUCUUGGGCCCAGUGGUGUAGGAAAGAGCCACAUAGGAAGGCUGUUGGCUCAGCACUUCCGUUCUGUAGUGGGCGAGCAGUUGGUGAUGCAGUACUUUGUGCUACACCACUGUCCCACAGAAGAUGUCCCAAUCUGUACCGAUGCCCUGACAUCCCAAGUCUCUGAGAUAGUCACACGGGCCGAAGAAGAAGAGAAGAUCCCGCUGUUAAUUUUUGAUGAGAUGGAGCACAUGCCUUCUGAGCUGCUGGACACUGUGCAAACUCUUGUCGUGAAAAAAGACAACAACGAAUAUUUGAACGCCAUCUACAUCCUCAUCAGUAACCUGGAGCAGGAGGAGAUCACAAAGUUUGUGCUGCAGAACUCCACGACCAACACCGUUUCGGGCCGAGGGAUCAUUAGCAAGGAGUUGAACAAUUUGCUGCAAAAUAAUCUUAAAAAGCAUCACUUGAUUUGGAUGGAGGUGGAGUUGCUGCCUCUCAUGCUUCUGGAAAAAAGUCAUGUCAUGGAAUGUUUUAUUGAUGAGAUGUCCAGGGAAGGAUUUUACCCAGAACGCUCUCAUGUAGAAAGACUAGCAGAUGAGCUGGGUUACUAUUCUGUGGGUGAAAGGGAGUUUUCACACACUGGAUGUAAGCAAGUGGUGGCAAAAGUGAAUCUUCUGUGAAACUCAAGGCGGAAGUGAGUACAAGAAUACACCGGCACAUCAAAAUCAGUACUAACCUGUGAUGGCUGGAAACAUCAACUAUCAGUUGGGUUUUCUCCCAACUUCUAUGGUUUAUUUUCCAGCUCAAAAGAGGAAUGUUAUGAAUGUUGAAUUUUAAAAGAUGUUUUUAAUGCAUUUGCCCCAUUUAUACAUUAGUUAACUAGAAAGCAUUGAUGAGUGUUUCUCUCACUGUGAGGAAAGAUUCCUGUCUACUUUGUUUUGUAGUUGGCUGCUACUUGUAAACAUUUGUAGGAUGGAACAUGUCAACAAAUGGUAAAUUCUCCCAAGGGAAACUACGGCAGUGUAGCUGAGAGGCCUUUUUAAAAAAAAAAUGGUUUUGAGUUGUAAACCUGAGCAUUAUUUUGGAGGGGAGCUGUGUGGGAUUUCUUAAUAGCCAUUAAACCUCUUUGUAUAAGCUGUAACUUAGUGUCUUGCUGUCGGAAUCCUGAAUUUCCUUGAAGUUCUUGUUUCACAUUAUGUCAGAUGAUGCUGUUAGUACAACUGUUGCUGUUAGAACACACACAAAUGACUGUCAAAAUCAUCAAACCAAAGGACUGGUGAUUAUAUUUUGUACUAUUUUGCUAAGUCAGUGGAAUUGCUGUGUUAGGUAAAUUUGCUUUAGCCCAGUGUAUAGUAUUAAAGUGAAGAAUUGAAUAAAAUUUAUUAAAAAACGAUAAAGCACACAAGAAAUACUCAACUCAAAUU